GGCCGAUCGCUGUUAGUGCGAGUUUUACCGUCGUCGGUGCUGUUUGUGCAGGCAGUGUUUUGUCGUCUGGAAUUUACCGUCAUCCCCGGACUUUUCCUUUGGCGUUUCGAAACAAGAGUUUGGGUGCGGGUUGUGUGCAUUUUUCGCUGUCGCAAUUUAGAAUAAUUUCUACCAAUUUUUUUGGUGCAUAUCAAAGCAGAAGGCGAGGGAGCGUGGCUUCCGUGAAAAUUGUUGGUGUCGAAACUUCUGCAAUCGAAGAGUGCGUUUGCUGAAGGCAGAGAAGAAAAAGGAGGUGUUCUUUUGGUGGGCUACUGCGAUCCAAGUGAGUGAGCAACGAGUGGCAAUGUGGAAGACGAAGACGAUGAAGAAGCAGUAAAUGAAGAUUGCUGGUUAGGAUUUCGGAACAUUUUGUUCCUUUGUUUUGGUUUCGGGUGAGAGUGACCAUUUCGGUAGAGUUGAAUUCAUUGGAUAGAUAUUUUUGGUGAUUUGUGCUGAAAAAUCAGUGAAUGGAAAGCGGCUAUUGCCAGUGAUUGAUUGUGAGAGAGAGAAUGUGAGACGAUUCCUGGAAAGGUAGCGAGCUGAAGAAAAGUUACAUGAACCGAUGAGACAAGAAAAUCCUUACCGCCGUAUACGAACAAGUCCGGAGAGCGAGAGACUGAGAUUACAUUGCAUCUAGCCUUUGGUUUUGAAAGGAGGAAAGAGAAACAGCCGUGCACGCAUCCUUAUUCCAGAACAUUUCCCAUCAAACCUCUGAAAAGCGACUGUAGUCAUCGCCAGACCUGUACGGAAGAAACUCCGCCUCCGCAACACCCUCUCAUAUCACAAAAGCCAUCCGAAGUUGAUGAGCGAAGUUGAGAUCGCCCUCACCCAAAAUUGGAUCUCCGCUUCCGUUCCCUUGGUACUUGGGAGUUCACCCUCCUAUCUGGACUGGACGACGGUCGUAAACGCACAAUGAACGAAGACUGAAUCCAUUGCGAGCGCGUGGCCUGGCAGUAAUACCGAUACGGCAAAGUCGUCGACACGCAAUCAGAAUAAUGAUGAUCAUGAUCUGCCCCCGAUGGUGAAACAAAGGCCGAAUUCCGCGGUGCCGAAUUAUUAGCAAAACACACAGAAACGAUAAUUCAGAACGACUUUUGCUUGUUCACGGAACUUUCCGCGAUCAAAAAACCCCACCGAAGUCAACGAUCUUCAACGGAGCCCGCGGCAAGCGUAUGAUCCGUUAUCUCGUCGUCGUCGUCGUCGUCCGCCCUCUGAUUAGCCCGAAGCUCGAGCUUAAGCUCCUCAUUGCUGUAGUGUAGUCGUCAUUUUUCGAUGUAUUCGAUGUAAUUAGUGUACAAUCGGUUCAUUGUUUCUUAAUCGUAGCAAGCGGUGCUCGUCCGUUUGUUAUCAUCUCUUCGUGGCGUGAAAGCAGGCAGGCAGUCAACGCUCCUCUCGUCAGAUAUCUCAUCAGCCGUCGCAGUUUGCUUCGAUUGCCGUCGCUGCAGUGUUUGUGUAUCAAUGUGAAAAAGUUAAGAAAAGCAUAGAAGAGUGGAAAGUUUACUGAAGAAAAAUUUCGCUUCCCAACCCUUGCCGAGUGAUUCAUCAUCAAUUUCGGAAGUGAGUGUGAGUGAGCGAUCGUGUUUUGUUGUUAUUAUCAAUCGAGUUUAUUAAUCCGUAUCCAAGCGAUCAACGAGAUCGCGAUCGAGUAUCUAGAGAGGGUGAGAGAGAUAGUGAACGCGGUGUGCCCAGUUGAGUGGGCAAACGGCGAUCAGACACACACACCCCUGCGGUCGGUGUUGGUGUGCUGGUUUUAGCGAUCACGACUCACAGCCCUGCGGCACUUGGAGCGGCAACAACAGCAGAUCAGCGACAGCUAACGGAGCGGCAGCAAAAUGCGCGAAUUCAAGGUCGUUGUACUGGGCUCCGGUGGAGUUGGCAAAUCGGCCCUCACCGUGCAGUUCGUGUCCGGUUGCUUCAUCGAAAAGUACGACCCGACGAUCGAGGAUUUCUACCGGAAAGAAAUUGAGGUUGACAGUUCACCCUGCGUACUAGAAAUUCUGGACACUGCCGGCACCGAACAGUUUGCGUCGAUGCGGGAUCUGUAUAUCAAAAAUGGCCACGGUUUUAUCGUCAUGUACUCGCUAACGAAUCACCAAACAUUUCAGGAUAUCUCCAGUAUGCGAAAUGUGAUCAGUCGUGUGAAAGGCAGUCAGCCAGCACCCAUCCUCCUAGUCGCUAACAAAUUAGACUUAGAUUGCCAAAGAGAAGUUUCGACAGCCGAAGGAAGCGCCCUCGCUGAGCUGUGGGACUGCCCGUUCAUCGAAGCCUCCGCCAAGGACCGAAUCAACGUGAACGAAGUGUUCGCCACCGUCGUCCGGGAGAUGAACAUGACCUCCGAGAAACGCCAGAAGAAGAGUUACUGUUGUUGUACAUUAUUAUAGAAGUGGCAUUAAAGGCGUAAUUUUAAACCAAAACCCCACGUUCCCUCCCCGUCCCCGCACAUCGUAAUUGUAGUAUCCCCAACUAUAUCGUCGUCGUUCCUCGUUGAUAUUGACCCUUCCCCAAGAAGUCCAUCAUGAAUUGAAAACUCCAAAGUCCCCGCCCGCCCUCUAUCUUUAAUUCGUAUAUAAAUAUAAUUAAUUGUAAUUGUAAUGGUAAAUCAAUUUUUGCGGAAACCAGAUGGGCCAUUGGACGGAAUCGAUCCAUUUAUCAGCGAAUGGUGAUUUUUUUUUGCGAAUGUUGGAAAAUCAGGCAAUUGAGCAAUUAAAGGGCUGGCCGGCAGAAAGCAACACUGAAUCCUGGAAGAAAACACAAAAAAACUGGAAAUUAUAUACAUAUUAAAUGUAGUAACGAUAAUAAUUAAUGGUAACUUAAACUGUACACCGAAUGUGAAGUAAUGACAUGAUAAAACUGCUAGAAUUUGAGAGAGAAAGUACGGGCGAAUGCGAUAAAAAUAGGUCGUGAAAGGGAAGGUACGUUUGAAGUUGUGUUUUUUACUAAGAUUGAUGUACAAUAAAAGAGAAAAUGGAAACAAGGCAAAAGGAAAUUGGAAAGCUCGGUGAAGCCGGCGAGGAUUGUUAAGGUGAAGGACAUACUCUUCUAUGAUAAGAGAACGGAUCAAGAACGAGGAAGGAAAACAGCCGCGCCUAUCUGUGUAUGUAAAUCUAACGUUUUUUCGAGGUUAAGCCAACAAAUUUGUCUAGAGUAUAUUUUUAGCAAAGGGGGUAAAAUGAGCAUGAAAGCGAAAGGGCGAAAGAGAAACAAGUACCGCGGCAGGAGUGCGGAAUCAGAAAGGAAAAUACCAAUUUUUCCAUUUAGUCAGAAUCAAUUCUUCUUUCGUUUUUUGGGUAAAAAUUGAGAGAUAGACUUGGUCGGUUAAUGUAGUGAUUAUUAUUUACAAUUAGAAACGCUAUGCUCCCUGGAAGCGUGGAACGCUGUGAAAAAUACUUGAUAUUGUAUGUAAAUCUGGUAGUUCUAUCGCGACUUUAAUCAGGUUUCAAGUUCACUUUAUGGUCUAUAGAACUGUGGCAAAUAUUAGAUUUGAGCAAGGACUUUCACUCAUAUGAAAAAUUCUGAUUCGAUUGAAAUUAGAGUUAGAUGUUGCCAUUCUUAUCGUGAUGGGGAAUUAAUAUUUUCCAUGUUCACGAUUUAUGCAAGCAAUUGAGUAAUUUUAAUAUGUACCUACUAACAUCUUGAUGAAUUAUAAUUUUUCGUUUUUUUUUUUUUUUGUUGAAUACAGAAUACGUUACAACGAAAUUGGAACGAUCUGUUUCAGUCAAAUUCUACAUUGACAUUUUAAAACUAUUCAGUUUAAAAGAUCUGCUUCAGAGUAUCUUGACUAUUUUUGAAGUUGAUGUUGUAUAAUUUUUGUCCUGAUGAAAUGAUUUUUUUCUCAGAAUUUGGGUCGUCCCCUUGAUUGUAGUUCCAUCUAACCAUAUGUAUGUGUAGCAAAAAGACAUAUUUUUCGUGGAUUUCGAUUGAAACGCGAUUCACUCAAUGUAAGAAAAUAUAUUUUCGGUGCUUAAUGAAAGUUCUUGUUCUUAGAGUAAACAAAAAACAGCUAACCACUUGAAAAAUUGUCGUGCAUUUGGUUUUACAAGAAAAAUAGUAAUACUAUGAUUCCACUUGUCGUGCUCUUUCCUCAGUUUUGUCUCCAUUAUGUUUAACUUAAUAGGAAAAUUGAAGCUUACUAUUUGAACACCUUGAUGGUUAAAACAAAAACAGUAACCCUAUUUCCAGCAAAGCUUACGAAAAACGCAAUUAGAAAUUUUACCAACAAGCCAGCCUCACUGGGGAGCCAUAGUAGGAAGGAAAAACAUUACGUUUAGUUGUUAUGUAAGUUUAGAUAAUCUAAAUCUUCUUUUUAACGCAAUUGAAAAUAAAAACAAAAAUCUACUGCAAAAAAUCGUGAAUACGUUAGCUUUUGUGUAGAUAUAAAUACCUACGAAACUAUAGAUCACUCUAUUUGCCAAAAAUAAUAAACGAAACCCAACUUCUCAAACUGAGUUCAUCGAAACAUAUUUGUUUUCCUGUCGGGACGAAAAACAAUUGUUAUUUUGGUUUCAUUCCUUUUCUUGUACAACCUAUUGUCAUUUUGUAAUAUAUGCGAAACGCUGGAACGCUAUUCUAUUUUCCAAAGUGAACCGAUGAGAUUUGAAAACGUAGAUGAGAAUGGAACUCUCUGACAGACACUGUAACGCGCCUAUCACCGUGCUGAGUAUAAAAGUAAAGUAAUGUGGAAAAGGAUCAUUUUUGUAAGAGUUUGGAUAAUGUUCAAGCAACAAUGCUACUGGACGAUGGAAAGCAAACCUAACAGAAACCUAUUUUUAUCAGUAAAUUUUUGUAUACACACAUACAAGAAAAAACACAUUUAAUCAUUCAAUCGAUGAUCAUCAGUCUCAAAAUGUAAAAAAAUACAAAAAUUCAGAGGACAUUCGUAGGCAGAUGAGAGUGAAAACGCAAACAAACCAACAUACAAGUAAUGCAAAUGUUGUGCAGUGAUCUAAAAUUCCAAAACUAGUGAAAACAAUGGCAAAGGAAAGCAUCAGCAUGAUGACGAAGAAAAAAAGAAGAAAACAAUGUGUAAUAAAUGAAACAAGAAAAACUGAAAAAUAAUCGUAA